AUGAAGUUGAGAACCUAUAUGUUGCCAGUGGCCGUAUAUAUCAUUUCUCAAACUGAUUUGAUUAAGUAUAUGCUUUCAAGGCCUUUGAUCACUGGACGUAUUGGAAAGUGGCCAUUGGCCUUAAUGGAGUUUUCCUACAAGUAUAUUCCACAAAAGGCAGUCAAAGGAAGAGCGGUAGCAGAAUUUCUAGCAGAUCAUCCAUCUACUAAGAUAGAUUCAGAAAUAUGUGAUGAGGUGGAUAAUCUCUACCUUGACUAUACACCUUGGACUCUCAUGUUUGAUGGAUCAAGCACUCAUGAUGGAGGUGGAGCUGGAAUAGUCAUCAUUUCUCCUAAAGGAAGGAAAACCAAAUUUUCUUUCUUCUUGGAUUUCAAGUGUACAAACAACCAAGCUGAGUACGAGGCACUAAUUAUUGGGCUGGAGAUUCUGCUAGAGCUAAAGGUGGAGAAGGUCCAAAUUAUUGGAGAUUCCAACUUGAUACUUAGCCAACUAUCUGAAGAAUAUAGAUGUCUUAAUUGGCGUCCGAGGCCUUUCCACUCUUUGGCCUUAGAGUUACUUUGCCAGUUUGAUGAUUUUCAACUCAAAUAUUGGCCUAGACAUUUAAAUACGGAGGCUGAUGAUCUAGUACAAUUAGCCUCUCGAGUGAAAGUCCCACUAGGUGUGGAAGAAGCUCUGAUCACAGUUAAAAGAAGAACUCUUCCUUCGAUAGAGUUACGGUAUGAGAUGGCAAGUCAUUUCCAAUCUAAAGAGCCAGAAAGAGUCAAACCUGCCAAUAAGCCAUGGGAGGUUUUCAAUAUUGAUAUAGAUGGAUUAGAUUUGGAUUAUUGGAGAACACCAAUUAUCCAAUUCUUGCAAGAGCCUAGCUCUAAGGUGGACAAGAGAAUUCAGCUUUUGGCGCAACAUUACAUUCUGAUUGAUGGGGACCUCUACAAGAAAAGUAAAGAAGAUGAACUUUUGUUAAGAUGCCUUGGAAAAGAUUAA